GAUCCACCCGCCUGACGUCAUCGGCAAGUACGCUCCCGACUCGGUAAUCGGCAUGAUCGGUGGCGGAGGAGGUGGCGGCAGAGCCGUGGCGGCCGCAGGCGGCGGCGGCGGCGGCGGUGGCAUCACCUUGGAGGAAGUCGCCAAGCACAACAGCAAAACAGACUGCUGGGUGGUGGUGGAUGGCCAGGUCUUGGACGUCACUUCAUUCCUCUCCGAACACCCGGGCGGCGAGUUGGCUAUCCUCACAUUUGCAGGGAAGGACGCCACGGAGGAGUUCAACAUGAUCCACCCGCCGGAUGUGAUCGGAAAGUAUGCCCCCGAUUCCAUCAUCGGCAAGGUGGGCUCCGGUGCACCGGCUGCCGCACCUGCCGCUGGCGGCGGACUGGAUGCACCUUUGCUGGCCAAGGAUGGCCACAAGGGGAAGGACUGGUCAAGGGCAGAGAAAAACCGGGAGCAGCGCAUGAAGGGCGAAGGGAGAAUCCCUGGCUGGAUUGGCGCUAUUUUUUACAUGGUCUUGGGCUUCAUGAAAGAGAUUCUCUUCACCAUUGUGCCACAGAGCAAUGUGACCAUCACAGGUGACCGUGUCGGUCUUACCCGCUCCGCCAUGUUCCUAUUCAUCUUCAUCAUCAUCCAUGCCGUGGGCAACUUGCACGUGUUCCUAGGCCCAGAUGACUUCAACGGCUACGGCUACUUCUAUGUGCGUCUCUACUGGACUGGUUUCGGUUUCCAGGCGAACAUCGUCGAGGAGUACAUCCUGCUGGCCGCGCUGUUGCACGUCUUCGUCGCCUUGAAGAGGACCUGGGACAUCAGCAUGAACUACUCUGUUGCCUCUGGCAAGCUCAACCUUGCAUUCUCCGGCGUGACAUUGCUCACGUUCAUGAUGAUCCACUUGUACCAGUUCCGCUUUGGCGACACUGAGCCAUGGAAGCUCUGCCCGCCGCCAUACCUCCUGAACUUGGCGACGCUGCUCCAGCUGAGGCUGAACCUCUUCUGGGUAGACACCCCAGGAUGCCAGGCGGUGUACGUGCGGGAUAUCUACCGCAUGGAGUUCGAGAUCUUCCAGUCCCUGGGCUGGGUGCUCUUCUACUUGGCGGCUGUGAUCAUCUUCAGCACGCACAUGUGCUUGGGCUGGCAGAAGGUCGUGCCCGCUCCGGCCUUGGAGAUCCCCAAGAAGUACCACAGCAGAGCCAUCCACAUGGGCUACGUCUUCACCUUCUUCAUCGCUCUGAUCUAUGCCAGCUUCCCGCUCUACACCCACCUCUUCGCCAUGUCCUCCGGAUCCCUGAGCCAGGAGCCGGCACAGCCGUGA